GCGAAUUAUUAUGGAUAUAUAUCGCCCAACGCACGUUAUCGCCAACGAGCGAGCGAGACCAUGGACCACCAGACGCUCGGCCCAGCUCCACCGAGGCCGAAGACGAUGGAGGAUAAGGUGGGGAAGCGGCGGCGCGACUGCAUGAUCAAUCAACGGAGAUACCGCGAACGAAAGAGAAGUCGGGUUUUGCAAGUGGAAGAGUACGUGCGCCGCCUUGCCGAUGCCACGAGCAUGAUGGAAGUUCAGGCAAGCAUGCUCCGAUCUGCCGUGAUCGAACAGUUUGUUCAAGCAGGCCAGCAUCGUUGCUGCUCGAUCUCAAGCUACCUUCGCAUGUUUCAACGAGGUCUCGUCCAGCCCCAUGAAGAUCGAUUUACGACUCAAAUGGAGCUUGUUCGAGGCGUCAUGUGCGAUACGCUUCAGUUCAACGGCGAAAUUGGACUCGAUGCUCUCAUUCGACAAUGGAAGUCGUACAAGACUUCGUUUCCAUAUCUAUUCAUGCAUUCGGGGGAUGUGCGGGCUCAUGGGAACGAGAACGACGUUGUGAUUUCACACAGCACCCUCGUCCUCGUUUUCACUCGGCAAACCUUGGCGACACUGUUCCCACACGUUCUUGGGCGGGAAGACAUUGUCCAGCGCCUCGUCGACCGCGAGAUCGCAUUUUCAUUGUGCUUGUCGUUCUCCUUCGACCAUGCGCAGGUUGCCGUUAUGGACGCAAACGUCCAAAUGGUGGAUGGGCUCGUGCGGGCACUCGAGUGUGCGGAAGACGCUUUGUUUGUCGUGGAAGGAUCGCAAGAGAACCCUGGCCAGUACAUUACACCCAACGGGCUGGUCGUGACUCGAGAUCGUGGCGUGAGAGGCGGCGUCGACUUCAUGUUGCAAUAAGAGAUCAAUGUGUCGAUACCUUUUUAAUGAACGGUUGCCUGCGUCGCGGACAGGUUCUCGUACUCGAGUGCGUUGGGUAUGUACCGCAAUUCGAGUGCUCCUUAUCGUGGCUGGUUGUGUCUUCGUGGAACGUUGAUUCACACUGCGCGGGUCUCCCCCAGCACCUCACGUCGAACAACUUUUCAACUCCAAGAGGUUCGCUGGUUCGACAUUCACCAGGGGCAUGAGGAAAGACAUGCCCUCGUUGGAUGCGCAAGACGCCUGACGCCCCCAAUCCUCGUCACGUGCAGGCACCUCCAAAGGACAAGAUGUCCCGCGGUCGCCCGAGUUUCGCGGCCCACGACACGUGAC